CUAGGUUCUCUCUAUGCUCUAUCCAUAACUUGGGUCCCCCACUUAGGCACUUUUGUACCCCUUUCCUCUUUGAUCUUUUGUUUUGACAUUUUAGGAAUCCCUAAUUCCCUUUUUUUCUGAGAAUCAGUUCUUGUUUUUGGCUACUUUAAAUUUGCUUGGCUCUUCCUGAUUCUUAUCAUUUCCCAACUGCAGAUAUUUUACUGUUCAAAGUUCAUGUCUUUUGCAGGAUAUUUCAGAAAUAUCUUGAUUUUGAGGUGAAGAGUCGGUUUUUGGGUUCUGGGUUGGUGGAAUUAUGUGAUUUUCUUGGUGGGUUUUCUUUGUUGGCUUGAAAUUUUGGUGGGUUUCUCUGUUGUGUUGUUUUGCAGUCAAGAAACUGACUUUUUUUUUGUUUUGAUCUGUUAGAUUUUACUGUUUAUGAUGGAAAAAAUUUGAUCUUUUUGAGUUCUUGAGGGGGUGGUGCUUGUGAAUUAGUUAAUUUGGACUGUGUUUGAUGAAUCUGUAGGAAGGUUAGGAGAGGAAAAAUAAUGAAGAGAGGGAAAGGUGAAGAGAAAGUUAUGGGGCCUAUGUUUCCAAGACUUCAUGUUAAUGAUACAGAUAAAGGAGGUCCAAGAGCACCUCCAAGGAAUAAGAUGGCUUUAUAUGAGCAGCUCAGUAUACCUUCUCAGAGAUUCAACUCUGGGGUUUUGCCUCUUGAUCCUAACAAUACUUCAAAGAUGGCCCCUCCAUCCUCAAGCCAGGGGAGUGGGCAUGACAGAAGUGGAUAUCUCCCUAUACAACACCCUCCAUCUAGACGUCUAGCUGAUAAACCACCUGGCCACAGUUCCGAUCCCAGUACUCUCUUGCAACAAUAUGAAUUGAAAAAGAGAACAGAAGAGGAUGACUUUACGGUCCCCAUCUUUGUUAAUUCCAAGCUCGGUCAGGCCCAUGGGAGUCAUAAUGUGAAUAUGGAAAAGCUCUCACCCUCUGGUCAACUGUUUUGUCCUAAUAAAGAGUUGGAAGGAGUUACACAUCUAACAUUGAGACAACAGCGCAAUAGCCAAAACAAGGAGAAUCUCAAAUGUACUCUUGCUCGUAGAGAGAAAACAACCUCAAACUCUGCAUCCAAGGAAUGCAGAUUGGAUCCUCAGGUUGGUUGUAGUAGCAUACCUGAACCUGUUAAGGGAACAUAUGAUGGCAGUUCGUAUCCUAGGAAAGAAUUUGUAUCAGAAGAGCAGUUAACUGCUAAUGAUCUUGUUAAUGAUACGGAAUCCCAGGAAGACAGGGCACACAAAUCAUUACAAACAGGAAAUUUGGACCGAGGUGACGACUUAUCUGAGACUUCCAGAGUGGAAUCUAUUUCUGGAACAGACAUCUCUCCUGAUGACAUUGUAGGAAUAAUUGGCUUAAAGCGUUUCUGGAAAGCCAGAAGAGCAAUUGUCAACCAGCAAAGAGUGUUUGCAAUCCAAGUGUUCGAGUUGCAUCGACUAAUAAAGGUACAAAGGCUCAUUGCCGGGUCACCAAAUAGUUCGCUCGAAGAUCCUGCUUAUUUAGGCAAACCUUUAAAGAGUUCAUCGAUCAAAAGACUUCCAUUGGACUGUAUUGUUAGAGAAUCUCAAAGUGUUCUGAAGCGCAAGCAUGAUUCUGAGAAGCCUCACUUCAGGAUGGAACACACUGCCGAAAGCAAUGUGGGAAAGGCAUCUCUCUCUACUGUGCAAAAUGGUAGUCAACUCUCUAGCCACAAACCAUUUUCAGGAACUCCACUGCCUACACCUGUAACAAAUGAUUCUAAUGCGGGUCCUUGGUGCUUCCAACAACCUCCCGGGCACCAAUGGUUGAUCCCAGUGAUGUCUCCUUCUGAGGGACUUGUAUACAAGCCAUUUCCUGGACCUGGAUUCACGAGUCCUAUUUGUGGAAGUGGGCCUCCAGGAUCGAGUCCAACAAUGGGGAACUUUUUUGCUCCAACAUAUGGAGUUCCUGCUCCUAAUCCUCACUAUCAAGGUAUGGGAGUUCCUUUUGCACCUCCGACUGGUCAUGGUUACUUUCGGCAAUAUGGCAUGCCAGCUAUGAAUCCACCAAUUUCAUCAACUGCUAGUGAAGAAUCGAACCAGUAUACCAUGCCUGGUUUACAACACCAGUUUUCUGGAGUAGUUGAUGACGUCAACAUUCAACAUCAGGACUCAAGUAAUGUUCUAAAUCAGAAGAAAGAAAAUGUCCCGGAUGUUGUAAGGUAUCAAUCCACAAAAGAUAAUGAGGUACAAGCCAGCAGUGCAAGUAGUCCUAUUGAGACAGCAGGAAGAAACAUGCUCUCUCUUUUUCCCACGUCUCCAGUUACUGACAACCGUGAUGGUAGCCCUCAGGCUUGUGUGCCUGAUAAUCCAGCCAGAGUUAUCAAGGUUGUACCUCACAAUGCAAGGUCUGCUACAGAAUCCGUAGCUCGGAUAUUUCAGUCUAUACAACAAGAGAGAAAUAAUAUGACUUAGGUUUAACACAUCUAUAAGUAGCUUACCUUGUGAAUAUGACCAUUUGCUCAUCCUGGCAAAAUGUAGUAGUUUCAGUCAAUUUGUUGUAUCUUUCUUUUCUACAGAAAGUAUGUAAUAGCUGUAUUUUAAUUUGGUUGCUGUAGAUAAGCAUACCUGCAAAUUACAUUGUAUGUUUGCCCAGUGAUUGCUUAGUUCAGCUGUUGUAUGCUGAUGAAGUCGAUUGUCAAUCUAUUGAGUUGAUAUUCUUACUUUCAAA